AAUUCCCCGUUGGCUGUUCUUUCUCUCACUCUUUGGACUAUUUUCACUCGCACUUUAUAGCUGUUAUAAUAAUAUCUUUUUUUUUUUUUUUUAAUAAAAAAAGAAAAACUUUGCCAUAAAAACCUCAAUGCUUAGCACGAUUCCGCCAACGAUCACUCUUCUUUCUUUAUCCCUUGCUCUGGAAGGAGAACAAGGAGAGUAAAAGGCGAGGGUCUCUUUUGCUUUCUUUCUUCACUCAGAUCCGAAUUUAGCAAGUCUUUGGCUAAAAAGGGCAUAUAUAACUAAGGGCAUCUUUAUCGAAAGAGGCAUGGCCAUGGGGAAGUACUCCCGUGUUGAUGGGAGGAAGUCAUCAGGCUACUGUUCAACAAUCGUUGUGGUUGUGUUUGUUGCCUUUUGUUUAGUUGGAGUUUGGAUGUUAAUGUCAUCUUCUGUUGUUCCAGUUCAUGAUUCAAACUUAUCCUCCCAAGAGACUGUAAAUGAGGUCAAAGGAACGGGCAUUGAAAGUAAUUCUAAGCAAUUUGAAGACAGUUCAGGCGAUUUACCAGAAGAUGCAAUGAAAAAAGAUGGCAAUACCAUUUAUUCUCAAAGUGAAAACAAAUCUGAUACUCAGGAUGAUCAAAGUGAGAACGCAUUAGAGACUGGGAUUAUAGUUGAGGGUAAGAAGGAAGAGAAGGUUGAGACAGAAGGCACUGAUAUGAAGAUUGAGUCCAAGAAUAAGGAAGAAAACCAGGACGGGAAGACUGAGUCUCAAGAGGGGCCAAAAGAGGAGGCUGAAAAUGAUGGAGGUGAAAACACAGGAGAUGGAGAAACUAGACAGACGCAAGCUGAAGGUGGUGAAAUGAAGAAAAGUGAGCAAACAGAAUCAGAGGAGGCCUCUGGUGAAAAUAAAUCUGAGUCUGAUGAGGGGGGCAUGAAUUUAGACAUGGGAGACAGUUUAGAUGAAAAUAGGCGGGAAGAAAAAGAUGGUAGUCAGGUGGAGCAAAGUGCUAGUGAGAACAAUGUGGAAAGUCAAGAAAAAAACCAGGCUUCAGAUGAGGUUUUCCCUACUGGUUCCCAGUCUGAAAUUUUAAAUGAAACUGAUGCUCAAAAUGGUGCUUGGUCGACUCAAGCGGUAGAGUCACAGAAUGAAAAGCAAUCACAACAAUCUACAAUUUCUGAGGACCGAUUUGCUCAUACCUGGAAGCUCUGUAAUGCCACUGCUGGUCCAGACUACAUUCCUUGCCUUGACAAUUGGCAAAUUAUCAGAAGGCUUCCAAGCACAAAGCAUUAUGAACAUCGUGAGAGGCAUUGCCCUGAAGAAGCUCCCACAUGUCUGGUUCCUAUACCUGAGGGAUAUAGACGUUCAGUUAAGUGGCCUAAAAGCAGGGAAAAGAUAUGGUACUAUAAUGUUCCCCAUACCAAGCUUGCAGUGGUUAAGGGGCACCAGAAUUGGGUUAAGGUUACUGGUGAAUAUCUUACUUUUCCUGGUGGUGGAACUCAGUUUAAGCAUGGUGCUCUUCAUUACAUUGAUUUCAUAGAGGAAUCUCUUCCUGAUAUUGCUUGGGGAAAAAGAAGCCGUGUGAUAUUGGAUGUUGGGUGUGGGGUGGCAAGCUUUGGAGGUUAUCUUUUUGAAAGAGAUGUUCUUGCAAUGUCGUUUGCACCCAAGGAUGAGCAUGAAGCCCAAGUGCAGUUUGCACUUGAGCGGGGAAUCCCUGCCAUGUUGGCUGUUAUGGGCACUAAGAGACUACCAUUUCCCAGUUCUGUUUUUGAUAUCGUCCACUGUGCACGCUGUAGGGUCCCUUGGCAUAUUGAAGGAGGUAAAUUUCUUUUAGAGCUCAAUCGUGUGUUGCGACCUGGUGGUUACUUUGUCUGGUCUGCCACUCCUGUUUAUCAAAAACUUCCAGAAGAUGUUGGCAUUUGGAAAGCAAUGUCUCAACUCACAAAGUCAAUGUGCUGGGAUCUCAUGGUGAUUAAAAAGGACAAACUAAAUGGUGUUGGUGCAGCAAUAUUUAGAAAGCCAACAUCCAAUGAAUGUUAUAAUAAGAGAACCCAAAAUGAGCCGCCACUGUGCAAAGAAUCUGAUGAUCCAAAUGCAGCUUGGAAUGUGCCACUUGAGGCAUGCAUGCAUAAAGUGCCUGUUGAUGCAUCAGAGCGUGGGUAUCAAUGGCCUGAGAAAUGGCCACAAAGAUUAGAGAAACCUCCUUACUGGCUGAACUCUCAAGUUGGAGUUUAUGGUAAAGCUGCUCCAGAGGAUUUUGCUGCUGACUACAAGCACUGGAAAAAUGUUGUGUCCCAGUCAUAUUUGAAUGGGAUGGGAAUUGACUGGUCUUCUGUGAGAAAUAUCAUGGACAUGAGAGCUGUAUAUGGAGGGUUUGCUGCGGCGCUCAAGGACUUGAAAGUUUGGGUUAUGAAUGUUGUACCAAUUGAUUCUCCAGACACACUUCCAAUAAUCUAUGAGCGUGGUUUAUUUGGGAUGUAUCAUGAUUGGUGUGAAUCGUUCAAUACUUAUCCUAGAACCUACGAUCUUCUCCAUGCUGAUCAUCUAUUCUCCAGUCUCAAGAAGAGGUGUAACUUAGUUCCAGUAAUGGCAGAAGUGGAUAGGAUCUUGAGGCCAGAAGGAAAGCUGAUUGUGCGCGACCAUGUUGAAAUCAUAGGUGAGAUUGAGAGUAUGGCUAAGUCUAUGAACUGGGAAAUUCGAAUGAUUUACUCUAAAGAUAGUGAAGGACUGCUUUGUGUUCGCAAGACAAACUGGCGUCCCACUGAGUCAGAAUUGAUAAAGUCUGCUAUUAUUUGAACAGAGUGUUCCAGUUUUUGUCUUAAUGCUGAGGUUAGAAUGUAAUCUAUACCUCUCUUAAGCAUUUGAUUUUAACCUUAGUAAUAGUAUUGGUCAAGAUUUUACCGUUCUUUUUUUUUUUUUUUGGUUAUGCAAUUGUAAAAUUAUAUAGUUGAUUAUUUUAUACAGCACUUAUAUAAUGUUACUGUCCUAA